GUUUAUAAAGGGAUCUGUCAGUACAGCUCUUUUAGUUUUUCAGCUUCAGUCGUACAGUAAGUGGACUUUUUGCCACUAAGCACUUCCACAGUUUAAGUAUAUAGAUUAGAAGAAGGCCUGUCCCCUGGUAAAUCCUGGUUUUGAAGCUUUUGUUGUGUUUCCCCUUCUGAUUACGGGGAAAACAGAGUGGAUGUAGCUGGAGGGAGGAGAAGUUUCCUCUCUUUAAUCAGCAGUUUAAAGAUUGUUUUUAGGAAAAGUCCCUUUGUUAGAGAGUCCGUCCUUCCUCUUCAGUUAUUCUUCAACAGAACUUUUUUUUAAUCUGAGUGGUAAAGCACGGAAAACUAUCAGCCUUCGCCAGUCGCCUGUAUGGACUGAGCAGGGAUGUCAAAAUUUCUGUUAAAUUCAUCAUAAUGCCUCGAUGGGCGAUCUACACCAUCUUUGCAGCUGGCGGUCUGCUGAUUCUGCUCUGCUGCCUGUGUGUCUGCAUCAAGUGCUGCUGCAAAGGAAAGAAGAAAAAGAAGAAGAACGAGCAGAUCGAUCUGAAGGCGGUGAAUGGAAAAACAACCACAGCCCUGGUUCAGCCAGAUGUGGCAGAUGUUGAUUAUGGCUCAACCAAAAAGCAGAGAGGAAAGCUGCUCUACUCUCUGGAAUAUGAUGGGCCUCUGUCUGAGCUCAAACUGGGGAUCAAACAAGCCAGCAGCCUGAUGGCCAUGGACCUCGGAGGAACCUCAGACCCAUAUGUCAGAGUCUACAUCCUCCCCGAAAAGAGCAAAACCUAUGAAACCAAAGUGUUCAGGAGCACGCUGAACCCUGUCUUCAACGAGCAGUUCACCUUCCAGCUACCAAAGUCUACCCUCAUGAAGUCGACAGCUGUGAUGAAAGUGUUUGACUUUAACCGGUUUUCCAAACACGAAAUCAUCGGCGAGAUCCGGGUGCAGCUCUGCAAUGUUGAUUGGAAUCACAUCAUCGAGGAGUGGCAGGAGCUGGAAGCACCCGCCAAAUUUGAGGAAGAAAAUCUAGGAGAGAUCUGCUUCUCCCUGCGCUAUGUUCCCUCUGCCAGCAAGCUGACUGUGGUAAUCCUGGAGGCCAAAAACCUGAAGAGCAUGGAUGUUGGAGGAUCCUCAGAUCCUUAUGUGAAGAUGCAGCUAGCUCUGGACAAAAGGAAGUGGAAGAAAAAGAAGACGUCUAUCAAAAAGAAGACGCUGAGCCCUUAUUUCAACGAAUCGUUCGUCUUUGACGUGUCACUGGAUCAAAUCCAGAGGGUGAAUCUGGUGGUCUCUGUGUGGGACCAUGACGCCGUGACCAGGAAUGAUCCAAUAGGGAAGAUCUACCUGGGCUGCGAUGCCACGGGGAACCAACUAAGGCACUGGGCCGACAUGUUGUCCAACCCGCGACGGCCGGUGGCUCAGUGGCACAGCCUGCUGUCGGCCGAGCAGGUCAACUCCACUCUAACCCUGAAAAAGAAAAUCCCCAUCCCCAGCAAAAUGAAGGAAAGCGCUCAGCAGUGGUACCCUAAAUGAAACCAUUUAAAAAAAGGAGAGAUUCAAAUAUUUUUGAUAACCAUUUCUCCCUUUGUUCUUCUGAUAUGGAAAUUAUUGAAUAAGAUUACUUUGUAUUAUACUGUAUAUUAAGAUUUGUAAUUAUUAUUUUUUGGUAUCAAAUCAAAACAUGCUAAAAUAUAUUUUCUAACAUUUAUUUUUGCUUUAUGAACACAGUUUAGCCUCUGUAAGAUAGCUGUACUGAGUAAUACAGUUAGGUCCAUAGCUUCAGUACACACUUUCCCUCAGUACAACAACAACAUGGUGGAUUUUAAAUCAAACAGUCAAUAUGUUCACUCAUUAUUCCAAGACAAAUGAAGUGGAUAAAAGAGUUGAUUCCAAGUCUUGAACUUCUGAAUGAGCCUCAUUCAGUAAAUGUUUUUACCCUGUGAAAGACACGAGCUCGCACGUGAAACUUCUGCCAGAUUCAUGACGAGUGGGCACCGGCAUCGUUUGUGCUGGCUGUCUGCAAUCUGCAUACCAUCACACUUAUUUCUCUAUAUAAGGAAACAAGUUUAUCUCAAAGUGAAACGGGGAGUGAUGCUGCUGUAAAAGAGGGAAGAGGAGGAAAGCAGGAGAAAGGCUGACAUAAAAAAAGACAUUUUUUAAAUAAGAUUAUUACUACUAAUAAUUACUAAUUGCAAUUCAGUCAGUAUAAAGGUGUGUUUUUCUUGUGUUUUGUAAUAUAACCAGAGCUUCAUCAUUUGUUCAUGCAUGCAGUCUGGGGCAUUACUAUAUUUCUUCGUACCGUAUGAACAAAGGUACAAAAAUGAUAACAGCUCAGCAGCACUGUGAACACCAUGCAAGACAACUGAUGGUUGUGGAAUUCUUUCUAUGGUUAAAAACAACAGCUUUACAACAGCUUACCAAGCCAGGACCACUCUUAAGGAGGCAGGAGUAUCUCUGUCAAGGUCUACAAACCAAAGAUGUCUUACUGAAUGGAAAUACCGAAAGUUUAGGACAUGCUGCAAAGCACUGGGUGGCACUCAAGGCUAUACUCUGUGAUCAGACUCUGACAAAAUGCUACAAAACCGAUCGGACUACAUUUUACAGUGCAAAAGGAUGAUGAUACAAGGCUGACUGCAAAAGAAGCGACCCACGAGUUUGUCAAAGCAAAGAAAUGGGGAUAUUCUUCAAUUCGCCAAGUCAGUUACCCGAGCUCGAUUCAGCAGAGCAGCUUGGGUGUAAUUCCUAAACACUUAAUGCAAUAUUUUUGUUAAAGCCGUUGGAUUAAAGCUGAACUUCUCCACUUCAACCACAUCUUCACUGUUUGAUUUCAAAUCCCCUGUAGGCAAAGGCAAAAUUGCAGUUGUUGUGCCGGUUUCUAAAUACUAAUGGACCUGGAAAUGCAUAUCAUUAUUUCUUAUGUAAACACACUGAAAGUGAAAUGUAUUUUAGUCUACAAAACACAAACAACUCUAUAUGUUUUUAUUAAGAAAAGAUCUUGUUAACUUUCUACACAGUUGGAAUAUGAUCUAAAAGCUAGAAACAAUCGUUUAUGGACAAACAAGUCUGAGACUCUCACUCGUCUCCCCUGACAGACGACGACUCAAACAAAAACUGAGCUCAAUCAAGCCGAGUUCAGCAGGUGCCUUCUCCUGCUGGCUCAGGCCUCCAGAGACCGUCCUCAUUAAAUGCUCUGUGAAUGCACAGCUCAGUGCAUUCACAAAACGGGAGAUUUUCACUCUGUCAGCAUCUGAUGUUAAAACAUCAACUACGAUGAGCCUCUGUUGACUUGAAACUUUGAUUUCAUAAGCAAAAAUGACCCUACCUCUAAUAAAGUUUGAAAGCAUUGGAAGAUACUGGCUUUGAGUGAUAUAGACGCUUCAGCUACAGAUUGUUUGUUUGUUGGAUAUUUAAUGUUUCUCCAGGAUCAGCUGAAGCAAUAUGGCUUCAUGAUGUAAGACGAUGGGUCUAAAAUGGAUUCAGGCUGCUCUGUGGUUCCUCAAGACAAAAAAGACGCCAUCAUCUCGCAGCGUUUCAAACCUAAACCACAAUCGGUGGAGUUUAGCUUAUUGCUUACAAUGCUGAAUACAAAUAAUUAUUUUAAGAGGAUUUCUUUUUUCAGAACUUUCAAGGGAACUUCAGAAAACGUUCCCUGAAAGUUAUUUCGGGAAACCUUCAGAGCACCUUCAGGGGACCUUUCUGAAGGUUAUGCUGCAAAGCUCCCAAGACCUUACGAGGACCCUAAUCUCAACAGUCCCUUUUAAAGGUGCACUAUGGCGCAGAGCACCUGGAGGACCUUCUGUUGAACUUCUACAACCCUUCAAUCCCAAUAGAAGCUUUGUUAUGUUGUCACAUCGUCAAAGGACCUGCCUUAAUGUUCUCCGGUUGUGUGAAAAGCCCAGAGGGCCUUCAGAGAACUCAGUAGUAUUUUUUGGAGAACUUCAGGGAGCAAGAGCUUGUAGGUUCACAGGGAAAAGGAAGAAAGAUCCUUAUCAGAGUGGGAACGAGCUCAAGAAAGUCACCCCAGAUUGACUGAUUAAUUUCUUUCGUUCAUCCAUCCAUCCCCCUACAAUCGCCACUUACUUUCUCCUUUGCUCUUGUCAUAAUUACCACAGCCGCUAGAGUGUACCAUCACAAUAAGCUUCAAUAACAAAUGAUCUACGGGCUUGUAUUUUACUGGUCAACAUUAUAUUGCUGCUCCUGAUUUACAGGAGGCCAGUGAAGGCUCAGCAGACCUGAUAGGGACGAGCCAAGAAGCUUGGAAGCUCUCUUUGAAAUGUAAAUGUCACCCACUUAAGGACACACAAGAGCUUCUCUCCACUUUCUGUCACCUGCAGAUGACACUGAGAUGACAAUGGAAGGACACAUUUGUAGUCUGAGCAUUAGUGAUUUUAUUCUGUCUCAUUAAAAAUAAACGUUAAUGAAUACCGGGAACAUCAGUUGAAGGAAUACAAGUUGGAAAAAAAUAUUGCCGCACAUUUUUUAACUAACCUGUCAUUACUAGUGCAAUUUUCUGUUAGGGCAUCAGCAGCAACAGAGCCAGCUGAUGAAGCUGAUUAGGCUUGGCCUGGGUCUGGGUCUCUGGAGCCCCUACAGGUGUUUCCUGGGCAAAGAUUGUUGCUGAACAUACUGGACAACACCUCACAUCCCCUAAAGGACCUACCGGUCAAACAGCAAAGUGUGUUCAGCAGCAGCCUCCUUCAACUCUGCUGCAAUUACAACAAAAAUCUUACUCACUCCACCUAAAAUGGGGGAUUUGUGUCUUCUCCGAGCAGCGAUCUUUCACUUGUUAGACGAAUUUGCAAACCUUUACACCAGGGGUCCCCAAUCCCGGUCAACGAGGGCCGGUGUCCCUGCAGGUUUUAGA